GCGCGCGCACGGGGACAGGAGCUCGCGCGGGUGAAGAGCUGCUGCGUCGCUGUCAGUGCGCGAGCUCUGCCCAGCGCCUCAGAGUAACGGUUUUUUUCUCUCCCUCUCCUCCGUUUUUCUUCUCCUCAGCCUCCUGUGGUGAAAAAAAACAAACAAAUGCGAUGUGAUUUAUUUAUAAUAUUUUUUGUAUAUUGUGUGAGCUUGUUGUGAAGUGGUGGUGAAUACAUCGCCGUUUUCUUUUCUUCGACCUAGAAAGGAGGGAUUUCUCGCGUUAAAAAGGAGGAUGCUGCUAACGGUGAAGCUACGACUGGACACCAGAAAUCGCCAUUUGACUGAUUUGUUUAUGAAAUAUCGCCUCGUCCUUGGUGGAGAAGAUGUAUAAAUAUCCCCGAGUGUGUGUUUUUGUGCUGUUUUUGGUAGCAUAAAGCUCUGAGGUAGUCGAUAAGCUGGGAGAUGAUGCAGCUGUGCUGUUUAAGGCACAAUGGAGGCUGAGAGGAAAAUCCUGAGGUAAAAAGACACUAAUAAUGACUUUCCUAACGCUCCUUCGCACAUUAUUGUGUCCUGACGUGACGUUAUUUCGCUAUAUAGGCUACAGAAAUGACCUGUCAGCAUCAUCAGCACCACCACCAUCAUCAUCCUCAUCAUCCUCAUCAUCCUGAUCAGAUACACCUCUGAUCGCAGGGACGCUGAAACCGGACCGGAUCUAAUCUGAUCAGAUCUCAUCUGCGGAACGGUUGUUUUAUUAUUAUUAUUAUUAUUAUUAUUUAUUCAUUUUUCUUCAAUGGCUGCGGCACGGAAAAUCAAAACUUUGCUGACGGUGAACAUCCUGGUGUUCGUCGGGAUCGUGUUGUUCUCGGUGUACUGCCGGAUCCAGGACCGGUCCGAGGAGCUCGUGCAGCUCGGGCGAUCAGGCGAGGCGCGCGCGCGGACCCGACACGGCAAAGUUACCGACACGGACCGGCAGUCCAUCCUGCAGAGACUGGAGAGGCUGGAGGACGUGGUGUACAACCAGCUUAACGGAGUAUCGAAGGCGAUGGGGCUGCUGGAGGGUCCCGGAGGUCUCGGACAGGGCGGAGCUGCAGCUACGCUUGGGGGUGAAAGUCCAGAAGGUGGGGGCAAAUAUGAAGAGUACGGCUACAACGCCCAGCUCAGCGAGCGCAUCUCCCUCGACAGGAACAUUCCCGACUACAGACCUAAAAAGUGUAAACAGCUGAUGUAUUCGGAUGACCUGCCACAGAUCUCGGUGGUGUUCAUCUUUGUGAAUGAAGCUCUCUCGGUGAUCCUGCGCUCCGUACACAGCGUGGUCAAUCACACACCGGCUCACCUGCUCAAGGAGAUCAUCCUGGUGGACGACAACAGUGACAGUGUGGAGCUGAAGUAUAACCUGGAUCAGUAUGUGAAUAAACGUUAUCCGGGAUUAGUGAAGAUCGUCAGGAACUCAAAGAGGGAAGGUCUGAUCCGCGCUCGGAUUCAUGGCUGGAACGCCGCUACAGCUCCUGUGGUCGGCUUCUUUGACGCCCACGUGGAAUUCAACACUGCCUGGGCGGAGCCGAUCCUGUCCCGGAUUAAAGAAGAGCGCACUCGGAUAAUCCUGCCUGCCAUCGACAACAUCAAAUACAACACCUUCGAGGUGCAGCAGUAUGCUAACGCCGCUCAUGGCUACAACUGGGGCCUGUGGUGCAUGUACAUCAUUCCUCCUCAGGAUUGGCUGGAUAAAGGAGAUGAGACCGCCCCCAUCAGAACUCCUGCUAUGAUUGGCUGCUCAUUCGUGGUGGAUCGUGAGUAUUUUGGAGAAAUUGGCCUCCUGGAUCCAGGCAUGGAGGUUUACGGAGGAGAGAAUAUUGAACUGGGGAUGAGGGUGUGGCAGUGUGGGGGCAGUAUGGAGGUUUUGCCCUGUGCCAGAGUUGCUCACAUAGAACGCACAAAGAAGCCCUAUAACAACGACAUCGACUACUAUGCCAAGCGCAACGCCCUGAGAGCCGCUGAGGUCUGGAUGGAUGAGUUCAAAUCCCACGUCUACAUGGCCUGGAACAUCCCCAUGAACAAUCCCGGAGUGGAUUUCGGAGAUGUUUCUGAGCGAGUAGCCCUAAGGAACAGACUGAAGUGUAAGAGCUUUCGCUGGUACCUGCAGCACGUUUACCCGGAGAUGAGGAUCUACAACAACACCAUCACAUACGGCGAGGUGAGGAACAGUAAAGCGAGCGGUUAUUGCCUGGACCAAGGCUCAGAGGAUGAUAACAGAGCCAUACUUUACCCCUGUCACGGCAUGUCAUCUCAGUUAGCUCGGUACUCUACAGAGGGCCUGCUGCAGUUAGGACCCCUGGGCUCCACCACGUUUCUACCAGACACCAAAUGUCUGCUGGAUGAUGGACGAGGUCGAACACCAAGCUUAAAGAAAUGUGACGCAGUGUCACGAUCCUCACAGAGACUUUGGGACUUCACACAGAACGGUCCGGUCAUAAACAGAGACACUGGCCGCUGUCUGGAAGUGGAGAUGUCUAAGGAAGCCAGUUUUGGGCUGCGGCUGGUGAUGCAGCGCUGCUCUGGACAGAAGUGGAUGAUUCGGAACUGGAUUAAACACCCCAGACACUGAGGGAGCUGAAAAUCACACUGCCUCCUCUCUGUCUGCCUGACGGACUGACGCCUCGGUCAGCGCUCGGCUGGGUGUGUGUGUGUGUGUGUGUGUGACUCCGCCUCAGGCUGAGACACUAUUUCAUCAGCAGGCCGUCGAGACAAGGCGGUAAAGACAUAAAAACAAUCGUAUUUAGGAGUUAAGGGUUGAACAGGAUGCUCCAGAGGAACACACCUUGUUUGAACAUCCAGUGUUUCCAAACAGACUGCUGCUGGAUUUAAUGAUAAAUGAGCUACUGUUACAGACGUACACACUCAAACACACAACAUUUUAAACUCACAAAUACACAAAACUCCUUUAAACCAGUUCUGAUCUCAACCUGUCUCAACUCCUCCUCGUCUGCCCUCGGGUCAGCGCUUCAGUCUCGUUUCAUCAUGUUAUCAGCUGUUCAGUGAGGGAUCACGUCACAUCACAGUUUAUUACAAACACCAGCUGACACACGCUAUCCAGCUAACACACACACACACACACACACACACACUGAACACAAAAUCACGCCAGCACUAAUUCUCACUGACACAGUGUAACCCUGCCUUCACACUAGCAAGCAACAAAGCAGCAAGUCCAUGUCAUGUGUGUGUGUGUGUGUGGGUGUGUGUGUGUGUGUGACACAAAGAAUCGUGUGACACAAUUCUGUGACAGGCAUGAUCUUAAUUUACAUAUAGACCAAUCAGCCAUAACAUUAUGACCACCUGCCUAAUAUUGUGUUGGUCCCCCUUUUGCUGCCAAAACAGCCCUGACCCGUCGAAGCAUGGACUCCACUAGAUCCCUGAAGGUGUGCUGUGGGAUCUGGCACCAAGAUGUUAGCAGCAGAUCCUUUAGGUCCGAUAGGUUGUGAUGAUGUAGGGCCUCCAAGGGCCACACCUCGCAACUUACAGGACCUAAAGGACUUACAGGACUUAAAGGAUACUUUUGAUAGAUACUGACCACUGCAGACCGGGAACACCCCACAAGAGCUGCAGUUUUGGAGAUGCUCUGAUCCAGUGGUCUAGCCAUCACAAUUUGGCCCUUUAGGUCAAACUCACUCAAAUCCUUACACUUGUCCAUUUUUCCUGCUUCUAACAUCAACUUUGAGGACAAAAGGUUCACCUGCAGCCUAAUAUAUCCCACCCACUAACAGGGGCCAUGAUGAGGAGAUACUCAGUCUCAUUCACUUCACCUCUCACUGCUGAUGGCGGUGUAUAGUCACAAGCAUAUGAACAUCCACAUGAUUGGCUCUGGUCAAUUCCUCUGAUCAAUCCUCCAGCCCAAGGUGUCCAGUUAUUACCUCUUGUUGUCAUUGUUAAAAGCACUAUACAAAUAAAAUUGAAUAAAAUUAAAUUUAAUUAAAGCUUAUCCCAAUUCACCUGCUAUUCAUCCUAAUUAGUGUCAGAGAUCAGAAUUAGUGUGUCCCAAAUCAUAGCAUGGACGACCUUCUCGUCCAACAUCAGUGCCUGACCUCACAAAUGUGCUUCUAGAGGAACGGUCAAAAAUUCCCAUAAACACACUCCUAAACCUUGUGGAAAGCCUUCCCAGAAGAGUUGAAGCUGUUAUAGCUGUAAAGGGCGGGACAACUCCAUAUUACAUUCAUGUGCAUGUAAAGGUAGAUGUCCCAAAACCUUUGGCAAUAUAGUGUACAUUACUUUAACACCUGAGCUUAAACAUUGGCUUUUUGUAAUCAUUUUAUUACUGAAACUCUUUCAUGGACAUUUUGCUCUCUUUUCACUUUGCUUUGCUUUCCUACGUCACCCACAGUCUACCUGCUGAUGGUAGGUUUAGUAGAGAAUUAACCCUCGCGCUCUCUCUCUCUCUCUCUCCUCCAUAUAUGAUAUGUAAUACUAUCCAUAGUUCCUUGUGCGAUGGAGGAGAAGUGGGUGGAAUUUAACAUAGAGGAAAUGGUGGAAAAACAAACCAAAAGAAUUAUUAUAAAGGAUUAACCCUAACCCACAUGUGACAGUAAUGUGUAAUGAGUGUGAGCUAGCAUGAACGCAGGGUAACAAUAACACUGAGCGCCUUUUACACAGGUGCUCAUUUCCAGAUAUGAAGAACUCUCUAUAUUAAUACACACACACACACACACACACACACACACACACACACUGCAUUAAUGUCUAUCACUGUAAUAACAAACACCUUCAUUAUUAUCACCAGCUGAUCCCACAUAUGUGAAAAGUGCUGAGGUUUGAGUUUACACCUCCGUUCUCUUAAAUCUGUUGAGGAACAGGAAGAAAGCUGAAGUGUAACACUGGCAUCAACGCUGCCAUUCAUUUCACUCCCUGCUAACACUAUGCUUAAUGAAUCAGUGUUCAUUUAGACCCUUUAAGUGUCCGGUUCAAGAAUCAUUUCAAUCACACAUUAACCAGCAGAAAUGUUUCCUACAUUGGCUUGUGUUUAUUAUUGGGUUAGAGGACAGUUAUACUCUUGUCACAUGCCCUUCUCAUUCAUUCAUUCAUUCAUUCAUUCAUAUCUAUUUAUAUCUUAUCCCCUAAUGCGUUUGAUCAGCUGAGAUGUGUUCUAUUUGCUUUUUUAUUUUUGCUCUGCAGCACUGGGACUGAGGGUCACAUGUAUCACUCACUCACCACUUUACCCUUAUUGUUCUACUGCAAGACUGUAGUGACAUCACAGCAUCCCUGUGAGGUGACAAGAACCCAAUGCUGAGGUUUUAAAGUCUCCUAAAUCCACAGCAUCAGCAGAAAAUAUAUCUUAAAGUCAUAAAUAUUCUAAACUCCAUUAAAUAUAUGCAGGCAUAAGACAAGCAUGUCUACACCACCCUCCUGCUCAUCCUCCUCCUCCUCCCUUUCAUCCUCAUCCUCCUCCUAUUCCUCCUCAUCCUUCUCCUCCUCAUACUCCUCCUUCUUCUCAUCCUCCUCAUCUUCUUCCUCAGCCUCCUCAUCCUCUUCCUCAUCCUCCUUUUUUAUCCUUCUCCUCCUCCUCUUCAUCCUCCUCCUCCUCCUCCUCCUCAUCCUCAUCCUCCUCCUCCACCCUGUCAGCCACAUGUAGAGACGCUUGUGACAGGAGGCACUACAAGUAGUUUUUUAUUCCCCUUAUAUAAAUAAAUGAUUUCUUUACUUUGUAUCCUGCUUAGUGUGUUCAUGCCGUCAUGAGUUGCUCCACCCUUUUUUAUUCCUGUUAUCACACAACUGCAAUAAGUGUGUGUGUGUGUGUGCGUGUGUGCGUGCGCGUGCGUGCGCGUGUGUGCGUGCCUGUGUGUGUGCGUGUGUGUGUGUGUGAGAUAAGGUGCACAUGAUGCAUGGUCUACACUCACAGUAUGGAUGGAGAUGGAAUGAUCAGUGUGCUGUGAGGUGAUGAUGAGUGAUUAAUGAAAGGAGAAGGAAAGGAAACAGCAGUGUAUUGGUGUGUUUAGAGUUAUAAUUAUUUAAUACCUUACACACUGUACACUUGUUUACUCACCUUGAAGUGCUGAUCUGUGACAAAACACUUACACAGCUGAUCAGCUGCACUCUUUUACUCUGAGAAAAGACCCAACAAUAACAAACAGCAGGCUCAUGAAGCUUCAUACAACCUUCAUUUCCCACAUUUCACACCGCAGUAGAUUGGACCGAACCCAGAGGAAUUCACCACAUCAAACGCUAACCAGUUUAAGGUUUUAUUUUUUACAAAAUUGUUUCCUCCUUGUGAACAGAUUUAAAGACUGUGAUCAUUACCAGAAAGGAAGUCGAACUUGUAAAAUAUUUUGAGGUUGUUAAUAGAAUUUAAACUUGUAAAGGGAUAUUUACAACAAAUAUUUAAGCUCGGAAAAAAAGAUUUUUUAUAACAUUGUAAAUAGAUUUAGAACUUGUACGAAGUUCCAAAAAAAAUGAUCUUGGGCUUGUAAAAUGAUGACCAAUGUAUUAAAA